AUGGACACAGCAAGUUGCUCACUCGAGAACGGCUCCAUAGAAAUCGAACACCCCACUGACCGCAUUGCCGCUCUGGAAAAGCUAAUCUUAGAGCUUCAGACCACCAUUGCGUCUCUGACAACUGAGGUCCAGACACUCCAGGCCGAGAAUCGCCGUCAGCACAAGUUGACACUAGACGCAAAACAAUGGUGCUGCCAGACCUACGAUCAGUGGAUGGAAUCUCUGAAGGAGCUUACUGGCAUAGAAUCCGAAGCUAAGAAAGACAAGUCUGUGCUCCGAGAGAAGAUACUCGAGCUUAAGGCCAAAAAUGCUUAUCUCACGAAUGAGAUCCAGACACUUCAGGCCGAGGAUCGCCCUCAGACCGAGUUGAAAAUAGACGGAGCACAAUGGUGCUGCCGGACCUACGAUGAGUGGAUAGAAUCCUUGAAGGAUCUUGAUGCCGUGGAACCUGAAGCCGAGGAAGACAAGUCGGUGCUCCAAGAGAAGAUAUCCGAGCUUGAAGCCAAAAAUGCUUCUCUCGCGAGUGAAAUCCAGACACUCCAGGGUAGUCUUCGCGAUAUUUGCGGACAGAACUCUUUGUGCACACAAAGUGCAAAGGAACUCGACGAUCAGGUGAUGCAGCUUGCACGCGCAGAAGCCGAAGCUCAGCAAGAAUUGUCGGCGCUUCGACUCAAAAUAUCCGAACUCGAGCAAAUCAUCGCAAAGCACGAUAAAGAAGACACUUCAACCGCAGAGCAGGAAGAAAGUGUUAAGGCGUAA